AUGCGCUUCGCGACUGUCGGCCAUUUUGGGAUAGCGUCUCAAUCGCAGGCCUCUUCGGCUGCAUGCAGCCUCGGAGUUCACGUUGGCGCAGCAAACGAGGCGAGCCGAGUGGACGUGAUCGAUACGUUGACCUCACUGCACGAAGAAAUGAAAGGCACGCCAGCGUUCAAACUGCUAGUGCAAAGGUCCAGUUUCCUCGUGGACCGAGUAACUAUCGAUUUUGAUGAGGCUACGCAAAACUGCUGA